AUGCUCCACUCACAACAUCUCCAACCUCUCUUUUGUUUCAAGCUGUCUCGCUUUCAUCUCAUCUCUGAUUCAACCUUCCGCUUCGCUUGUCUCAAACAACUUCGUGAAUUCGUGAUUGCUCACCACUUUCAGAUUCUAUAUUUAACAUUCUCAAGAACGAUAUCAUACUAUGGUGACAGCAAAUGCGAACGUGAAAGGGAUUUGGAACUUUACCUCUCGGAGAAGUUUCGAGGACUCUUCAAAGUCAGAGAUUUAGAGACAAACAUUUUAAUGCUCAGUUUUUAUGUGAUAUCGUUGGUGCAUGUUAUGGAGCAAGUGAAGAUGAAGGCGCAGUUGUUGAAGAUUGAAGUUGAUGAAGGUUGUUGCAGUAAUGAAGCUUUAAGUGAAGGAAAAAGAGCAUUAUCUAGCUUACUGGGUUGUUUCAACAUAUUUCAGAGCAAAGUCGAAAUGCCAAACAAGGCAUUCGUGUUAGCUUUAGAACGAAUUAGUCCAUGGAAAGCAAGGUGUUCGGAUUGGAUUUCUGGACUGGUUUUAAGACAGAUUGCAAUGUUUUGA